GGAGGGACCAGGAUGGACGAAACAGGCUGUGAAAGCCUGGCGAAACACGGAAGACUGACGGCCUGGAGCAGGCCGGCUUGCUCUGGCGAUCUGUACCGCACAUCGCCUGCUGGUGGGGAGAAUUUCGCGGAGGGGCCAUCUAGCGACGCUAGCGCUAACGCCGGAACCAGUGGGGCAGGAGAAUGGAGGUCACGUGAUGUGGCGCACGUGAUCGGUAAGUCUAAAGGUGAUGUGGCGCCGACAACGGCUGCUCCAGCGGUGGGUGUCAAGGCCACAGUGGCACAAGAUAGCGGAUCAGCAAUUACGAGUAGCAGCCUGACGCGUCCACCAGUCAGAAAUACUACCAGUUCACGAGACUGCCAGUCACGUCAUCUAGCAGCUCCACGACACCCACGCAUAUCUGACAUCCGCAGGAUGUCACGCCUACAGUGUCUGCCGAUGGGACCGAGCUGCAUGUGCAGGGUACGCGAUAUUGUCGCAGCCACGCGCGACAUCUCUACAUCCAUCCUCCGACACCAUCCUCCGACACCAUCCUCCGCAACAGUUAUAGUCACUUCUCGCACCGCUACACGGGGAGUGUCGGUGCAUCGCCCGCCGCACCUCUUCCCCCGCCUGCCAGGGUCUUCCCGCCUCAAAUCCCCGCCCAAAAUGGACCCCAUCGUCUCGCACCCUCCUCCGUACACUCACCGUCUGUACACUAACCGACUCCCGACACUUGUAGGACCCUCUCUCGGUUGUGUAUGAGCCACCACGGUCUGGCUCAUCGUAGAUUAAUCCCCCUAACCCCUCCGACACCCACACCAGUGCCCCGCCACCCCGUGCACUAGCCCCGUCCAAUCGUCACCCACGAUUGUCUUGGC